GCAGCAUUCAGUCAACCCUGUGAAAUUGAACAAUUGAAUUUGAGUAGCUUGGCAUUGCCAUUGUAGAAAUUAUUGAAAUUUACGAAACAAAUAUAAAAAUAAACGAGUGAAAGUAAUUUAAAAACAUUUAACGUCAUGGCGCAAAUUUGGCUGGACAACGAGAACGCCGGAGUUAACGUUUUCCCAAGAUCGAACAGAAAAACUAAGCAGACAUCGUUGCUGGGCAACAACAAUGCACUGCUGCAAUCGGGCAAGAAGAAUGUGCUCAGCUCGCUGGACAAUGUGAUAAACAACAACAAAGCAAACAUCACGCCAUUUAAAGGCAACAAUAACAAUCAAAUAUGGCGAAAGAGCUGCGCCCCAAAAUUGUCGCUUUGCAAGGAAACACUGCAAAAACAAAUGCGAAAGCAAAUCACAAAGGAUUCGCCUCCUUUAAACGAUGUCGAAUGCGAGUCAAAGGGUCAGGAGAUUGUGGCUGAGAAGAAGGAGGAGAAUGUCGAUUUUGAUCUGUUCGAUUUUAUGGACUUUCCCAGCUCAAAAUGUCUUAACAAUUGUCAUCAGCCCGCCUCGUUUAAUUGGCAGGAGCCUGAACCAUUGUUGAGCGAAGAUCUCAUCGAAAAAUUACUUAAUUAUUCACCAGCAUUUGAAAAAAGAUGAUGUAAAUUAUGAUAAUGAAAUUCCUCUGUAUCCGGAUGAUGAUCUGGAGCUAGAAUAUAAUGAUGAUUACAAAGACACUUCUCUUGAUUUAUUAGACGAUGCUGCACCGCCUUUGCCAGCUAUAUUUGAGGACGAUUUUGAUCUAUUUUAAUGUAGCCAUAAGACUUUAGUUUUACAUUUUAAAUUCAGUUAAGUUUAUAUUUCAAUUGUUAGCUAUUACUAAAUGUGCGUGAAUUAUACUAAUUUUACUUUUUUGUUCAUGUCUUAAAAUGUCUUUCGAUAUGCAAAAACUUCAGGGAUAGCUUAGAAUAUAAGUCGCAUAAAUGUGUAGUUAUUAAUCUAACGGUUGCCUUUGUUAACAAAAUGAUAAAUGUCAUUCUUGCACGAUAAUAAUAAUAUAUCAAUGAACUAAAAGUGAAUCUAUAUUUUCGAUAAGCAGCACUUUUAGUUAUUUAUGAGACGAAUUGUGUUAUUGUGCUGUAAUGAAAUGCAAAUGUAAUUCAAAUAAAAUAGAAUAUUUAAUUAGGAUAAUACUCAGAACAUUUAUUUUAUUAAUUGGAAAAGAGUUGUCUUUAAUCUUUCAA